GUCAUCAGAGCACGCCUGAAGAGCUACUGUGAGAGAAACGCCAAACUGAACCCCGCUUUCUGGAGAGCCAUGCCCGAACGUCCCCUUAAACGUCCCCGGGAGUAUCACCCCCCGGAGGGGGAGGGCCAGCAGGAAGCCUCAGCGGCCGAUUCUGGCCCCGAAACCCAGCAGGAGUCAACUGCUCGCGAAGCUGCCCGCAUGACUUCCUACUGGCUGGUCCACGACUCCUUGCUGGAUACCUUGAAGGACCGGCUGGGCGAGGCCUGUCUGGACCAGCAGCGUGUCGAAAGCCUCUGGCACAACUACCUUGCCGAGUCCGCCGCGAAGCAGCACCCCAUCGGCACCAAGAUGGAGCAGGAAAUCGUAGCUUCCAUCGUGGAGCAAGAGCUCAUCCUCGAGCACCGCAUGGACUCCAUACACCGACAACAGGCCGUCGUCCGAGCCCUCCUAUGGGCGCACGAGCAGUCCAUAUUGAAGCUCAGAAAUGACGCCUUCGCCGAAGGGCUGGACGUCAUGGGGCGGAUUCAGCUUCUGCUAUAUAUCCUCGACUGCGUCGAAUGGAUGCGACAGCAAGUAUACUUCUUCAUGACCAAGGUGGUACUCAUCCCGAUCAUCGGCUGCCUCAUCAUCUUCGCCUUCCUCAUCUACACAUCUUACGAGGGCGUUUUCCGAACUCUUUGGUGGGAUUAAACAAGGGGGGGCUCUUAGGGAGGGAAAGGUGAGGGCGGUGGAGAGACGUCGCCCGUAUAUGCGAAGGUACCGGAACGUAGUAGACAAGCAUAGUAAGAGAGUUCGGCGAGACGAAAGUUGCGAAAGCUGUGUUUCGACCGCGCCGAAUAGUGAGGGUGCUUGAUGCGGACGGGUAACGGCAAUUCCGAGGCAGACGUGUACCCUCUUCUAAUAUUUUCAACUGUUCUCCCGGUUCCCCCAUGCUUUCAGCCAACUGACGGGCUGCCUUGGCCUGUUUCUCGCGCGCAAAUGUGCCGCUAUCCUUGGGAUGCUGCGUGUACUGCUCCGAGCCCCCCAGUUGCCUCUGUAAUGC